UUUAUUAAUUAAUUUAGAGUGUUAUUUUCCUUAAUUAAUAUUUUUUAGAUAUAUUUUGGAGUAAAAAAGGCCGUGGAAGAAAGUGAAGAAUAGGCCCAGGCAAGACAUCUAUUUGGCCCAUCAUAAACCAAUGCGGAGAAAAUCAAAAGGAAAGCAAAAAAGAAAUAAAGUAAAAACUCCUCCAUUCCGUAGAAAGCAUCGCAGGAAAGGAAACGGAGACUCCGUCUCAGACUCCAACAACGGAAGGCGCAAGAAACUAGAGAAUCCUUUUCCAAAUCCAAUUGGAACUCUUCAAAUCUCAAUUAUAAAAAGAAGGGAUAUAUACGGAGAACGAGGAAGGGGGGACGAAAACGGAACAGAGAGAGCCGACCUAGGGUUUCGACCCUAGCUGGCGUACCAGCAUGAAAUGAAGACAUUUGAUGUAUUAGCAAAACAACUUGGAGAGGAUGAUUUAAGGAUGAUGGAGGCUCAGACUCUCAGGAGAACAUGAAAACAUGUAAAAAGAAUGAGAUGAAUGCUCAAAAGCAGAAAGAUCAAGCUCUAAAUGCAGCUGCUUCAGCUCACAAAGCUUGUGACAUCUUGAUGGCGAACCCAAGUCUAAAACAAGCAUUUCAAGCUGCCAGUGAGAAGCAAUCUCUGAAUGCUGCCGCCGUUAUACCCCCUAGAUUGGCAGGGGAGUCGACGAACCAGCUGUCCGAGCAGCUCCAGAAGCGAGGAAGAAAGUUUUUGCAAGGGGACUUUGCCUACGUCCUAAUGCCUCCGGUUCUGGGCAGGGCCCACUCUCUGAAUUAACCAAAGCGAUAAGCUCCGGGAACAACACAUCAUCUGCUCUGAACAACUGAAGGGUCCAAUGCCGAACAAAGAGCGGGCAGUGUU